UGCAAUGGCUUUUCGCGCAUGUACGAGUGUUAUCCUUAUAUUAGCAUGGAUUACAUUCGUGACUGCACAGUACACCAUACCGAAUGUUAAUAUCGAGCCUUUGCAGCCAAAAGGAAUUAGAGUUUCUAUACCAGACAGUCCAGGAGUGAGUUUAUUUGUAUUCCAUGGGAAUAUUAAGAGGCCAAAAGGUGCAAGCGAUCCGUCAUUGUCCAUCGUUGGAGAAAUAACUGAGCCCAUCAACGGACGCUGGACCUUCGAAGAUAAGACCGUGCAGCUGAAUGUGGGUGACGUCAUCCACUACUAUGUGCAAGUCGUUCACAAUCAAAUGCGUUACGCCUCAGAGCCUGACUCUGUUUUUUUUUUGGGAGUUCCAGCUUCACCUUCACCUGUACGCACGGAGGAUGGGCGCGGCGCGCAGGGGCAGUGGGGCUCGCCCGGCACACAACCAUUCACUUUUGCUCCACUCCCAGAUAAUACACAUACAUUGGUACCGACUUCACCUUCACCUGUACGCACGGACGAUGGGCGCGGCGCGCAGGGGCAGUGGGGCUCGCCCGGCACACAACCAUUCACUUUUGCUUCACUCACAGAUAAUACACAUACAUCGGCUUUGGAGGUUACUUCGACUACAAACCCCACUACGAGCGAUUGCGGGGUCACGCUGACCCGCGUGAAGGAUGGUCAAGCGUGCGCUGGCAAGAUAAUGUUUGAAGAUAGGUUUGACUUGCUGCGUGAAGAUGUUUGGCAGAUUGAGCAGUAUAUACCCGACGAGCCUGAUUUCCCGUUCAUCUCUUAUCAACGACCAUUCAAUGCGCGAACCGUCUCCGUCCAGGGAGGUAACCUACGAAUUGAGCCAAAGUUACAACAAAAUAUACCAGGCUUUGGCAACUCAUCUAUAGAGACGGGGAUUUUGGACCUCCUCAGUGGAUGUACAUCAAUAUCAACUAAAUGCCGCGCGGAGGCGUGGGGCGCGAGUAUACUUCCUCCGAUAGUGAGCGGCAGAUUGACGUUGAAGUCCUUCGCUUUCACGUACGGAGUCGUUGAAAUCCGUGCUAAGCUGCCUCAAGGAAAUUGGCUGUAUCCAGAUAUACUCUUGGAGUCUUCUUUUAAGAAAUACGGCUCUCUGAACUACGCGUCAGGGGUUGUUAGGAUAGGAGGGGCGCGGGGCAACGUCCAGCUAGCGGUCGGAAGCGCUGAUUUUGGAAAUAAUUUGUUGUAUGGUGGCGUUCUGAUGGAUGCGACAUGCCGCGAUACUUUGCUGCGAAACAAAACAUCGAGUCAACCAUGGGGCGAUGAUUUUCAUGUCUACUCCGUCCGGUGGACCCCAGAAGCAAUAACGUUAUCUGUGGACGGAGAGGAAUGGGCGCGGUUCGCAGCCUCCGAUGGCGGUUUGAAGAAUCAGUUCUCCGCGUCAUGUGACGUUCCUCGGAGCGCACUCGCUUCCGGCUCCAAGCUAGCGCCGUUUGACGACCAUUUCGUAAUAACCUUGGGUCUAGCGGCGGGCGGCGUCACGGAGUUCCCAGAUGACUCUACGUCGGGCGAGAAGCCCAAGCCCUGGAGGAAUACUAGCAGGAAAGCCAGCCUCCACUUCUGGCAGGACAUGGCCUCGUGGAUAGAAACGUGGAGACAACCUGCGUUGCUUGUCGACUAUGUGACUGUGCGAGCACUGUGAACGUCAUUUACUUUCGAUACUAGGUUAAUAAUACCAGGCAUAUUAUAUUACAUUGGCAGACUUUACACAAAUAGAAAAUAAAGAAAAUUCUCCUUCCUCCCAGGUUUCCUCACGAUAUUUUUCCUUCACGAGGUCAUGUCCACUGGACUAUCACGGGGCAUAUAUUAUUAGAUUAUCAACAAGUAAAUAUUACUAGGUAAAUCUUUCCAGGCUAAUUACCAGUAGCUUCUAACGCUCGUUCCCCAUUCUAUCCGCUAAUCGUGCUUUAGUAGAAAAGAUCUAUUUAUAAUUGAUUUUUACG